UAAGACACCUAUGAGUCGUGGGGCUUCUCUCGAGAAGUCUUUAAGUGGACAGUACGCAUGCGCCAACUUCCUCUUUUUCCGGCUGGAACCAUGGAGGGUGUAGAAGAGAAGAAGAAGGAGGUUCCUGCUGUGCCAGAAACCCUUAAGAAAAAGCGAAGGAAUUUCGCAGAGCUGAAGAUCAAGCGCCUGAGAAAGAAGUUUGCCCAAAAGAUGCUUCGAAAGGCAAGGAGGAAGCUUAUCUAUGAAAAAGCAAAGCACUAUCACAAGGAAUAUAGGCAGAUGUACAGAACUGAAAUUCGAAUGGCGAGGAUGGCAAGAAAAGCUGGCAACUUCUAUGUACCUGCAGAACCCAAAUUGGCGUUUGUCAUCAGAAUCAGAGGUAUCAAUGGAGUGAGCCCAAAGGUUCGAAAGGUGUUGCAGCUUCUUCGCCUUCGUCAAAUCUUCAAUGGAACCUUUGUGAAGCUCAACAAGGCUUCGAUUAACAUGCUGAGGAUUGUAGAGCCAUAUAUUGCAUGGGGGUACCCCAAUCUGAAGUCAGUAAAUGAACUAAUCUACAAGCGUGGUUAUGGCAAAAUCAAUAAGAAGCGAAUUGCUUUGACAGAUAACGCUUUGAUUGCUCGAUCUCUUGGUAAAUAUGGCAUCAUCUGCAUGGAGGAUUUGAUUCAUGAGAUCUAUACUGUUGGAAAACGCUUCAAAGAGGCAAAUAACUUCCUGUGGCCCUUCAAAUUGUCUUCUCCACGAGGUGGAAUGAAGAAAAAGACCACCCAUUUUGUAGAAGGUGGAGAUGCUGGCAACAGGGAGGACCAGAUCAACAGGCUUAUUAGAAGAAUGAACUAAGGUGUCUACCAUGAUUAUUUUUCUAAGCUGGUUGGUUAAUAAACAGUACCUGCUCUCAAAUUGAAAUAUAUUGUUGUAUUUGUGA